AUGUCUUCCCAAGUCAACACAAACGAAGUCUGGAUCGUUGGUGCGUCUAGGACACCCGUUGGAUCUCUCAAUGGUGCCCUCAAGACGCUCCCGGCGACACAGCUCGGCUCGAUUGCCAUCAAACACGCCGUCGAGAGUUCAAAAGUGCCCGCUGCCGCCGUAGAAGAAGUCUUUCUUGGUCAGGUCAUCCAAGCGGGUGCAGGUCAGUCCCCAGCACGCCAGGCAGCGCUCGGUGCAGGCCUCCCAGAGACGGCAGACGCGACGACGAUCAACAAAGUCUGCGCAAGCGGUCUCAAGUCGAUCAUGCUCGGUGCUCAACAGAUCCAACUCGGUCAGCGCGAUGUUGUCGUUGCGGGAGGCAUGGAAAGCAUGAGCAAUGCACCAUUCCUCAUUGCCCGACAGAACCCAGCGUUUGGAAACGGCACGUUGAUCGACUCGAUGCAAAACGAUGGCCUCUGGGAGGUCUACAACAAAUUCCCAAUGGGCAACUGUGCAGAGCAUACCGCCCAACAGCAUGGUAUUACGCGUGAAAGCGCCGAUGCUCAUGCCAUCGAAAGCUACAAGCGCGCUGCCGAGGCUUGGAAGCGGGGUGCUUUUGACAAUGAGAUUGCUCCCGUUGUCAUCAAGGAUCGACGAGGGACCGAGACGAUUGUCAAAGAGGACGAAGAAUACAAAAAUGUCAAGUUUGACAAGAUCCCCACCUUGAAGCCCGUCUUCUCGAAGGAUGGCAUUGUCACUGCCGCCAAUGCAUCGAACCUCAACGAUGGUGCCAGCGCUGUCGUCCUCGUCAGCCGCGCAAAGGGCGAGGAACUCGGACUCAAGCCACUGGCAAAGAUUGUUUCGUAUGCUGACGCUGCUCUCAAGCCGAUUGACUUCCCAAUCGCGCCCACCGUUGCCAUCCCCGCUGCGAUUCAAAAGGCCGGACUGACCAAGGACGACAUUGCUCUUUACGAGAUCAACGAAGCCUUCUCGGUGGUCGUUCGUGCAGCAGAAAAAAUCCUAGACCUCGAUCCUAAAAAGAUCAACGUCAACGGUGGUGCGGUGGCCCUCGGCCACGCGAUUGGAAACUCGGGUUCCCGUAUCAUCGUGUCCCUGGUACAUGCACUCAAGCCUGGAGAGUAUGGAGCGGCUGGUGUCUGCAAUGGAGGAGGAGCUGCAUCCGCAUUGGUGAUCCAGCGCCUGUAG